AAAAUGGCUGAUCCAAAAUAUGCCAACCUGCCAGGAAUUGAUGUAAAUGCACCUGAUGUGUUUGAGACUAGUGAGUUGCCUGAAGAUGACCAGGCUGCUCAGUUAGAAAAUGAGGAGUUUAAUAAUGAAAAUAUAGAAAAAAUUAAUCUUGAUUCAAAAACAGCUUUUAAUGCUUUUAAAGGUAAAGGAGUGAAAGCUGAUGGAGUUGAUUUCUCUGAUAAGAUAAGUAAAUCGUCUAGAACAGGUUAUGAUGUUUCUCAAACUGAAUAUGAAAUAGUUGGAGAUGGUGUCAAGAAAGAAACACCACAGCAAAAAUACCAGAGAUUACAACAUGAAAUGAGAGAAUUAGCUGAAGAAGUUUCCCAAAUCAAGGAAACAGUGAAGGAUGAUAAAUCUAGUGAGAAGUUGUCUCCAGUAGCCAUGGGUAAACAAUUAGAAUAUCUACAACAUCAACUGACUGACCUACAUCUAGAGAAGUUACUGGGUCCUGAAGCUUCUAUUGAUCUUUCUGAUCCACAGGGAGCCUUGAGACAGAGGCUGCUUAAACAAUUAGAAUCUUAUAAAACUAGUGGUAGUAAGUCAGGAGAGAAAGGAGAUAAAGCCUCAGCCGGUGCUAGUGGAGAUCAUGUUUCCUACAGUUUAUAUCAUAGACCUGAACAAGCUCAGUUCAGUAAGAAUGCCAAGAUGGCAAAUUUAGAAGAGAGAUUAGAAAGACUUCAAGCAGUUAUUGGUCAAAGCUCAGAGAAAUUGAAUGUUCUAACUGGAGAUACUGAUAACAAUAGUUUAUUGGGAGCUGUGAGUGUAUUGAACUCUAAACUAAGUCUUUUAGAACAAAGUAACUUGGAACAAGUAGAAGCCAGGCUACAGGGUGUUCUUCAUAAACUAUCACAAAUAGCAGAGAAGAAAAAUGUUCAGGAGGAUAAUGAAAAACAGGCUAAGGUCUCUGAGCUGUAUGAUUUGGUAAAGAAAUGGGAAGCUUAUGGUAAUUCUUUACCCCAAGUUAUUGAGAGAUUAACUGCUUUGAAAGACUUACAUGAACAAGCUCUACAAUUCAGUCAAGCAUUGGCUUAUCUCGAUACUGCCCAACAAGAAAUAUCAACUAGUCUGAAUUCACAUGGUGAUAUGUUGAAAUCGCUUCAAGAAUCAUUCAAGGAGAAUACUACUAUGAUCAAGUCUAAUACAGAGAGUCUGGAGGGUCGAAUAAAUGCUCUGAAAAAAUCAUGAAGAAAUAGCUCUGAACAUAUUUAUUACCAAGAGGUUAUCUUUAUCAAGACAUCAAUGAUUUAAAAGCUGUGUAAGAUACCAACACAUUUGUCACUCUUCCAAAAAUACAAUGGUAUUAUCAUACCUUGGUAUAUUAGUGGAGCAUAUUUUAUCUUUCUUUCUGUAAAAUUGGACUCAAUAUCAAAGAUUUGUGAAAUGUCUUGAUAAACAUAGCGUCUUUGUAUCUAUUUAUCUUAAUUGAACAAUAAAAUCUGGAUAUAAAGUGCAAUGCUUUUGGUGUCAGGGUUUUGCUUUUGAUGAAAAUUUCUUAUUUGGUUAUGGAAGUGUAUAUGAUAUUACUUUUGUCUUUUAUCUUCCAAGUUUCCUUCAUUAUUUCUCAAUACAUCAACAAUUAUCUUAACUGUGAUGCCAAUUAUGUAAUUGCUAAUUAAAUUCUGAUAAAUGCGGUAGCUUAUAAUAAGCUGCUUAUUUAAAUGCUUACAAAUAGAUUAUUGAAAUUCUGACUAGUAGUUAAUUUUAAUUCUGACUAGUAGUUAAUUUUAAUUCUGACUAGAAACUGACAAAUAGAUUAUUUGAAUUCUUACUAGUAGUUUUUUUUAAAGCUGACAAAUAGAUUAUUUAUGAAUUACGUCAAAUAGAUUAUUUAUGAAUUCUGACAAAUGGAUUAUUUAUAAAUUCUGACAAAUUAUUUAUAAAUUCUGACAAAUGGAUUGUUUAUAAAAUCUGACAAAUGGAUUAUUUAUAAAAUCUGACAAAUGGAUUAUUAUAAAUUCUGAAAAAUUGAUUAUUUAUAAAUUCUGACAAGUGGAUUAUUUGAAUACUGAAAAAUGAAUUACAUAACUUCUUUUUGGAAAGUAAAUAUUUGCUUUUGAAAUCAGUUUUAAAGGACACAUGACAAACAACAAUCCUAAUUGUUAAUUUAUCUGUUCAUGAGUAGAUUGGUAUAGAUUCUUUUUUGUUCUCUAUUGUUAAAUUAAUCACUUGUGAAAAGUGCUUUAUUGUUCUCUACUGCAAUAUUAUAAUACCAUAAUAAAUUAUAAGUAUAUAAUAGUCUAAAAUAGUGGAAGUACAGUGCUAAAAUUAUGUAUUGCCGUACAACUCCAAUUCUUAAAUUGGUGUUAUUAUACAGUGCAAUAUCCUUUCAACAGCGUAAACCGAUCGUCGAACUGAAGUCUCAUCGGAAAAAGGGAGAAACGUUACCAGUCCAAAUUUAUAUUGUUAGCCCGCUUUCCUAUAAAGCUAUUCUGAUGAAGAUUGUCUACCUGAAACACAUAUUGACAGUUUCGACUUUAGUUCUUUAUGUAAUCACGCCCGCGGUUUUUUAGCCUUAAGUAAUAGUAAUACGACUCCAUAUACUUUCACACUGCCCUUCAAUAAUUUUAAAUAAUUGACAGAUAACGUGAAUAACUUCAAAAUAAAGUUUAUGCUCUUAUUAAAUGAAUAUAAACCUUAUCAUUUGAUAAUUUUCAAGGUUGUGGCCAUGAGAAUUUAAGUCAUGACCCGUGUGAAUAGAAUUUCACUUUCUCGUUCACUGAAAAAUAUGAUAGCAAAAUACUAAAAAUAGAUAUAUGGAGCAGUGAUAGAAUUUUGAUUCUUGGAUACUCAACCAUUCUAAUCUUACAUAUCACUUAUCAUAGAAGAUAAAAAAUAUAAUGUGAAUCAUUUCAUACCAUCCUCCAAACCCAAGUUUGAUCUUUUCAUUACCUUUCCACAGCAUGACAGCAAGAUUUGUUCACUAGAUUAUUGGUUAAUAACACUCUGAAAAUC